GACCGCCGUGCGAGUUCUCUGGGUUUGGGAUCGGCUGGAGGGGAGCCCGCGAGUACCUCUUCGACCUCGGCCACGCGCGGACCUACGAGUACCGCGCUGAUUGCUCGGUCAUGGCCGUCCAGGAGACGCAUGUGGACCAGGUGCACUUGGCUGACAAGCAGCAUGCCAUGCUCGACGCGGGCUGGAAAGGCCUGUGGGCACCGGCCAUUAGCAGUGACAGUGGCGCUGGCACUACAGGUGGCGUUGCUGUGUUGGUUCCGUCGUACAUCACGGCCACGGCCCCGCCGCAGUGCGACAGCCACAUAUUGAUUCCAGGACGCGCAGUGGCUUGCCAUGUUCGAUGGGGACUGCCAGGUGGACUCGUUGUCAUCUCGGCGUACCUCAAGGACGGCGAGGGAUUUGGUGCGGCCAAUUGCUCGCAU